CAGCAGACUGUCAUUAUGACGUCCAUGUUCGAUCAACAGAUCAAGAGCGAGCCCAUGGGGUUCUAUUCGGUUGCUUCCAGUCGUUCGGACGGAUCCAACUCCCUGGUGAAUUUGUCCGACGAUCGAGAGGAUCUGUCCCAGCAGGAGAGUCAUCUGCAGCCUCAGCAGCAACAGCAAACGAUGCAGCUGAGUCAACAACAAAGUCAGCAACAGGGCCAGCCGCAGAAUCAACAACAACAGCAACAGAAUCAGCAACAGCAGAGUCAGGGUAUGCAACAGGAGACACCGAGUCGUCAGUCUACGGGCCAACAGACCCUUAAAGAGGGUACACGGUCUAAGCCUCAACCUUGCAAGGUUUGCGGCAAGGUACUGUCCUCCGCUUCGUCCUAUUAUGUGCAUAUGAAACUUCAUUCAGGGAACAAGCCCUAUCAUUGUACAGUAUGCGAGGCGAGUUUUUGCCGCAAACCUUAUCUAGAAGUGCACAUGAGGACGCACACGGGCGAACGACCUUUUCAAUGUGAGCUGUGUCUGAAAAGGUUUACUCAAAAGAGCAGUCUCAAUACUCAUAAACGAGUGCACACGGGCGAACGACCGUAUGCGUGCGACAUUUGCCACAAACGUUUCGCCGUCAAGAGCUACGUCACGGCGCAUCGUUGGAGCCACGUAGCCGAGAAGCCUCUGGUCUGCGACCGAUGUUCUCUCACAUUCACGUCCAAAAGUCAAUUUGCGAUUCACAUCCGUACACAUACCGCCAGUACCACUUACGAGUGUAAUCUCUGUGGACGUACGUUUGUACGCGACAGUUAUUUAAUAAGGCAUCAAAACCGGGUGCACCGCGACAUGACUCAGAGCACGAAUCACAAUCCACCGACGCCGCAGAGCAGUGGUGCUGGUACUCCGGGCACCGGCUUUGAGAGCCCGGUCUGUGAUCUGCGCUACAGCGAAGGACCGUCGUCAUUGGACGGUCUCGCAGGAGCUAAAGGCACGGGCAUCGCCGCGGAGAUUGCCAGUUUAGCCAAGCAGAAUAAUCUACAGCUUCCACUACCGCUGCUGCAUCCGCAGACCACCAACUAGUGUUUAGACAGCAGCAGCGCUACCCAGUCCCUGCCGCAACAUCAAUCACCACAGCAAGUAGUAUGUCCCACCUC